AUGCAAACGCAGCAGAUUUUAAGUCAGCUGGAACAGAAUCUUUUUUUACCGUCGGGACUUUUAUCUUGCGAAAAAACUACGGGAGAGCCGCCAUUCAAGUGCACGCUAGCGUACGGAAUCGUGGCGGAUGCAUCGAUGUUGGAUUGCGGGUGCAUUGUUUCCGAAAAGCUGUUGGAAGAACUGCAGAAUCAUUUAGAGGACAAAAACCCUAAAUUCUGUCCCGUGUGUCUCAGCUGCUCGUCUACUAUGGUCGGUCCAGUUAAGCCGCUGCGAAUGCUUCACGACCAAUUGCAGUUUUUUAAACAGGACGAAGAACGACGCAGUCCUUCCGAACUGCAUUUUCGCAAACUCCCAUCACCCUCCUCACCGAAAUUUCAAGCUUCACAGGACGAACCCUCACAGACGGAUUUCUAUAACAAAGAUCAGCAGCAUGUGCCGAAACAGUCGCUGAUCUCGCUGUUCCACUCCGUCGCAUCCAGUCUUGACAAUCCAGACGAGGAGGAAGCUAUCGAGGUACACUCUCUAGACAAUGCUUCGAAUACAAAAACUGUGCCUAUCCAAGAUUCAGGAUCGGUUCCCGUGUCGCUGGCGACCACGGAAUCGCCCUCUUCGGUACAGAUAUCAGAGCUGGAUGAGGAAAAAGAGUUCUAUUUUGCCAAGUGUUUUCCCAUGUACAGAAAAAGGUCUCAGUUCAAUACUCACAACAAGUUUCUGCGAACCAAAAGCAAGCAAUUUGUUAACACCGCUAUUAGUCCCAAUUGCACUAAGUUUGCUCUCAUUACUGAACAAAAAUGGGAGGUUUAUAGUAUAUCUCAACAGCCCAAGAAGGACGACCAUGAAUCCAAAAAAGAUAGGGACCUGAGGAAAAUACUGAGUCGAAGUCGUACUUCGCAGCUCAAAGAUGAUGGACCCGGAAGUCCGGAGAGUGUCUCGCUACUGUUCUGUGGUAAGUUCACCGGCGAAUAUGGAACCAGUUUUGAGACAUUGCAAUGGCCUUCAGACUUGAGCUGUCUCUACACCCCAAAGCAGCUUGAAGGCUCUCGCACUGUGCCUAAAAUCCCGCCUGCUGAAACGUGGGAGCACCUUUACUGUCAGAUGUCAGAAGAUCUUCUAAUCAUAUCCGGAACCAAGGGCCGCUUUCGAGUAUUUGACAUGAAUUGUGAUGGAAAACCUAUUUAUACUUACGGGUCCACCUUCCCGAUAAGAUGUAUUGACAUAGACGCAAAGAGCUCUUUAAUAGCGUGCGGGAUAACAGGGAACGAUAGAAGCACGGGCGCAGAGCACGCUCUAAUUCUUUUCCAUCAGGUUGAAAAAGACACAAAGUCCUCCGCUGCAGAUGACAUCUGCGAUGUCAGAUACAAAUUCUCAUCACCUAUUACCACUACACUCCCCUACCGAGAUCCUAUCAACACCUUGCAGUUUUCACCGGACAGCAAUUACAUUUCCUGCUCAACUGCUCUUGAAUCGCGGUUUUUGGUGAUAUCUCUGCGAAAAGUCCACGAACCACGUCUCGUUAUGAAGUCUUUGCGUUCUAUUGAUACAUCUCUCGAAUCCGAAGGAAUUACAGAUACUAAAAUGUUCCCGGGCAAUUCGAGUCUUAUGUGUGUCACAUCAGUAGCUUUCAACGCCCCUCCGAUAGUCAUAAACACACGCAUACAGACAAUUAACGUGGCCCAAAGCGUUGCGCAACCGGCUAUGCUUCUCCGACUCGAUGAGUUGGGAUCAAAGAUCCACAAAUGUGAAAUCUCACCUAGAAAUGAUUCCAUUGCGUUCCUCGACCGCAACGGGAAUGUUUUCAUAAUGUAUGCUCCCACACUUCUCGACAACGAGAAGAGAAGGAUUGUUUUGGUGGAUGCGGUGGCCAAUGCAUCACGAGUUCGAGAAGCGGCUUCCCUGAAGUUCAGUGCAGACGGCCAUAAGCUCUAUAUUUUGGACAGAAAAGGCUCCCUCUAUGUGGAGGAUUUUGCAAACGGCUUGCCGCAGGAUCAGGAUGUUACGAAAUGCAAACAAAUAAACUGA